GCCAGAGACGCUGCUUUUUUUUCCGGGUUCGGAGCCGUUCCGGAUGCUUUAGGCUGCCGGAUGUCUGAUCUCCGGAUAACUGAGGCGUUUCUGUACAUGGAUUAUCUGAGAAUGUCUGAAUGUAUCCAGAUCUCAUUUGCCGUUUGUAGAAUUGGCACUUACACGUGUUUUAGAGCACUUUGCUGCAAGGGACCGCCACCCGCACGGCCAGAAUAUGAUCUGGUUUGCAUAGGCCUCACCGGUUCCGGCAAGACCAGUCUGUUGUCAAAACUCUGCAGUGAAAGUCCCGAGAACGUCGUGUCAACCACAGGUUUUAGUAUAAAAGCAGUGCCAUUCCAGAAUGCCAUCUUGAAUGUGAAAGAACUUGGAGGAGCUGAUAAUAUCCGGAAAUACUGGAGCCGUUACUACCAAGGAUCUCAAGGGGUAAUAUUUGUAUUAGACAGUGCCUCUUCAGAGGACGAUUUAGAAACUGCUAGAAAUGAACUGCACUCAGCUCUUCAGCACCCACAGUUAUGCACUUUACCCUUUUUAAUAUUGGCCAAUCAUCAAGACAAGCCAGCGGCUCGCUCAGUACAAGAGAUCAAAAAAUAUUUUGAACUUGAACCACUCGCACGUGGAAAACGCUGGAUUCUGCAGCCCUGCUCGCUGGAUGACUUGGAUGCACUGAAAGACAGCUUCUCUCAGCUGAUACAUUUGUUAGAAGAAAAGGACCACGAAGCUAUGAGAAUGUGAAACCUGGCAAAGAAAUCGGGUUCCAGAAGGCCUUGAACCUCCCAUGUUAGUGUCUCAUUUUAAUUCUAUUUUGGUAUCAAGACUAUCAUGACUUCAGUCUCUGUUUUCCUUUAGUUAUUCAGACUCUCAUCUCUCAAAGUGAAUAUUAUGUAAGUCAGGUGAAUUAUCAUCGGCAUUAACGUCAAGUACACACUACUGAGAGAGAAUUUAUUCUCUGUUUACCACUAAUUAUCUUCACCGCAUGUCUCCUCCUUCUGUUGUUCUAAGCAUCUCUUCUAUACUUUGUGCUAAAAUGGAUGAAAUUCAUGGCUCACGGAAAUCAAAUCCCUUAUGAAGAACUCAGAAAGACUCAACAGUACCUUGACUAAUUUUCCCUGGGUUUGGGAGUGGAGGAUUGUGUGUCCAGGACUCCACAAUAAUAUGUAUGUCAUUUUCAAGAUCUUGGGGGUUUGGGUUUGCUUAAAUUUUUUAAAUCUUAUUUUUAUUCUUUAAUUUUUUUCAUACUGACCUUAUAGACUAUGAGUGAAAAAAUAAGCACCAAAAACUUCAGUUCAUCCUCCUAUGAAAGAAUAUCCUGCCACAGUAAAAUUAGGUUUGAAGAACUUAAAGACCAGAUGCAUAAUGUUUCCUUGAUUAUAUCUGAGGUCUCACUCCUUUCCCUCUUUUAAGAGCAAAGACACUGUUUUAGUUUCUUUGGUGGGCGUCAGAGGAAACUUAGGCACAAUGCAUGCAUCACUGAUUGCAUUUGGUCAAGUCCUCAAAUAUGUUUUUAGUGGAACAAUCAGCCUCCAUAAAGCCAAGCUGCAACGUAAUAUAGGUAUCUUUUUCUAAAAACCAGAAGUGUUUGAUUGAAAUAGAGAAAAUAAUUUUUAAAAUAAUAAAAAUUUUAAAACAGCCAAACAAUGUAUAAUUUAUACUGGUUAGUGUUUAAGCUGGCAAGAAUUUGACAGAGAUAUCAAAGACAGAAUCAUCUGUAUAUUUAUUCAUUAUGUGCUAAUGUAGUUUAAUGGAGUCUGGUAAAGCCUCCAUCUAGUAGUUAAAAGGUCUAUCAGUAUUUCUAUUAUAAACCUCUAUUUUCAGGGGUUUCAUUGUGCCCUUGAAAUGUGCUGGGGCUGCAGCAAAUAAAUAAUUUGAGGGCCUAGAUUCAGUCUUUGGAACUGAUUUUUUUUUUCCACUUAAUUUAAAUGACUAAAUUGCCUAGAGAUAAAUGUACAGUUUUAGUAAGGUUUAGCACCUUUGACCUUUUCUAAAUCAGGAAUAAUCUAUGGAUAUUGAGGUUCAUAGAUGAAAUCUUCUUUGGCACAUUUUGUAGACUUUUGACCACUGAUUGAAAUACUAAGUGGACAAAUGAUAGAAAACUGCUCCUACACCUGAGCAAUAAAAACAUGUUUGUAAUUUUUAGGCAGCAUAGACUGAUACCCAAAUACCACAGACUCACACUCUCUCACAAGGUAACAGAAAACCUCACGAUUCUCCAGAUGAUAUAGUUCAGACCCUUCACAUCAUUCAAAUGCAGAUUUUGCAAUUUAAUCCUGAAAAUGGAUUUUACUGAAAUCAUUAUCUUUGAACUGUCCAACACUUGUUUAAGGUUUUUUUGUUUUGUUUUGUUUGUUUGGCAUGGAUCAGAGAAGAUCCAGAGUGAUUUAUAUACAAUUGUGUCUACAGUAUUUUGGAAUAUUUUUAGCACUGUGUAAUAAUCCGUGAGCAGCACAGAACUUAUAUUCCAAUGACCAGUUACACAAUUCCUGGUUUAAUUUUGUCCUCUUGUGCUUAUCUUCUAUGAAAAAAAUAAAUGAUUCUUAGGCCUUGCUUUCCCUGCAAGUUCAUUAAAUGUAAAAUGUCGUCUCUUUAAGAUACUGUGGCUGAGUGCUCCUAAGCCAUCUGUUAAAUGACUUCCCGUCGUCUGUGUGUGUUCAUGUGCACACCAGUGAUGGGCCUCUCCUCAGACCCACGACUGUCUGCAGCAUCUCAGCCGUCAGAAUGAAAACAUUAUCAAUCAGUACCCAACAACAGCUGUUUUUGACAAGUUUCUGUCUGACGCCUAAUGCUUUCAACUGUCAAUAAGGCUCUUUCUUUGUCUAGCAGGUUGGAGCUGGCCGUCUUGCUGCUUCAGUGUGGCAUCCUGUCCUUGUAACCCUAGAAUUUGCCAUGUUUUGGAAAUCCACCUGGGGGGAGGGGUGGGCCUGGAUGGGUUGGGGUGAGUGGGUUGGGGGUCUGCGUUCUAUUCCUACUUUCCUGUAACGUGCCACAGGUGUCUUAGUUUGCAUAUUCAAAUAUUAUGUAGGAAAAACAGUCUGUUAGGUAUUUCUUCACUUAGCUUCUUGUUAUAUUUAUGGAAGUUACCAGUUUUUGUACCUUCUUAGUGAAAGCAGUUGCCUUUUUAUAAUGGCAAUUAAUUUAUAUAAAACUUUGUAUCUACUGUAGUUUACAGUAUUGGUUGCUAAUUAACUGCCAUAUUGCCCUGUCUUUCUAUUAAAAAAUACUGUAUCUAUACUUAGAGGUUAACAGAUUCAUGUGGACAUUUGCCAGGCAAGAACUCGUAUUGUCUGUGAUUUAUAUAUGAUUUUCACUAUCUUCAAAUGAAAAUAAACGCUGAGUAGAA